AUGAAAUUUGCUAAAGUUUUUCAGCAGACACUCAUUGAGGAAGAAAUUCCGGAUGAGUGGGCAGAGGCUGCUAUCCAGUACAAGGUUCUAAAGAAGUGUAUCGGAAGGGUGGUGAAAGAGCUAGAGUUUUUGGGAUUAUCCAAAUCAGACGUGAAGCUCUUAUUGCAAGACGAAAGUGGAAAUGAAUCGGUUGAACUUCUCGACGAAGAAACCGUGCCGAACAACCCUGUUAUUGCGAAAUAUCUGUUGGCCAAGUCGAGGAAGUCCAACGAAGUUAUUCCUUUUUUGAAAAUUUCUGUCAACAACACUCUGAUCGACUCAAAUCAGUCUCAGAAGACGCUAGAACUUGCUGAUGUCAUUCGCUCAAAGUUACAACGAGUUUUGGACGCUACUGAUGAAGAACAUCAAUUUGUGGAGAUCAGGGAAGACGAUGACGGCUUGACUUUAUCCCCACAGACCUCUCACGAUGAAAAUCAUAUAGUAUCUGUGCGGAAUAACGAAAUUGUCGUCUUGUUGAAUUCAGAUUUGAAGUUCUUUGGAAUGCUCAACACCGAGAUUGAAAAUUUGGAUCAAAUUCGGAAGACAGAGGAGGCUAACAUUAUUCAAGAGAUAUCGAAUGUUUCUGAAUCCGUUCUGAGGCUCACAGAAAAAAAAGCUGAUCUAUACUUAUGGCGUGAAUUGUUCAAAAUUUAUCUAGAUUCUGAAAUAUUUUUCCGCUACAACGAGACCUCACUGCAACAAUUAGAAAGGAAUUCUGAUAUGAUAAAACAGAACUUGGAAGUUUUUUCGGCCAAUGUUGCAAAAACCAAGCUUCUCGAGAAAAUGGCGAGAAAGAGAUCCGUUAACACCUUCGAUCGAUUUGUGGCGAUUAACGAGCGUUUGUUCAAGAUCUUGAUGUUUCAGUCCAUCAAUACUACAGCUCUUCGAAAAAUUCUAAAAAAGUUUGACAAACAGACAGCUUUCAAUGUAUCAUCCGAGUUUCCGGCCCUCAUUUCACAAGAUCAUGUUUUUAUUCAUGGAUCAUCAUUAGCUCAGUCGAUUUGCUACACUAUUCAAACGACGCUUCUCGUUAUCGAUAUCACCAUGGCUACAGAACUAGACAGAUCCGAGAGAUAUGAUCGUCAGCUACGAUUAUGGGCAAAGGAUGGCCAGUCUCGACUCGAGAGAAGUCACGUCUGUCUCAUCAACGCUACUCCCACCGGUGCAGAAGCCCUCAAAAACCUCAUACUACCGGGUAUUGGCGCUUUCACAGUCGUCGACGAAAGGGUAGUGAGCGAAGAGGACUUGAGUGGGAACUUUUUUCUCACGGAAGAUGAUAUUGGGCUUGAAAUUGCGUAUCAAAUGUCACGGCUGCUUCUGGAAUUGAACCCAGAUGUUGUUUAUCGUGCUGUUCCCGAAAGCAUUGAAGAAUGCUUACUAAAUCCAGCGUUCUUCGAUGAGUUUGACAUAGUGUUGGUCAGUGACUACAUUCCACUUUCCGACAUGUUGGUAUUAAAACAACGAUUGUGGAACAAGAACGUGCCCUUGUUGCAUGUCAACUCAUGUGGCCUCUACGGCACUUUGCAAGUCUUUUGCGAAGAGACUACCAUAGUGGAGACCCACGACCCUUCACAGCUAUAUGACUUGAGGAUUGACCAGCCGUGGCCAGAGUUGCAGCAGUAUGUCGACUCUUUCAAUUUGGAUACUUUGGAUGAUACAGAUCAUGCACAUGUGCCUUACAUCGUAAUUUUCAUUAAAGGCUUGCAAAACUGGAAGAAGGAUCAUGAUGGAUGCUCUCCGAAAAACUACGCCGAGAAACGCAUAUUCAAAGCUGAAUACAUCGAGAGCCUUUCCCGCAAUAUCAACCUUGAGGCCAACUUUUUGGAGGCUAGCCUGCAAAUACAUCGUGCAUUGCAGGCGACAGUGGUGCCCAAUUAUUUAAAAGAGCUCUUCGGAGAUAAAAGAAUCAGUGAUGAAAACUUGAGUGAAGAGACGCCUCUUUUCUGGAUGUUUGUCAAGGCCUUGAGCUACUUUGUGGAGAACGAAGGGGCACUACCGCUACCGGGGUCUCUACCAGACAUGGUGUCGAGCACUUGCAAUUAUAUCACACUACAACAACUCUACCGCAACAAGGCUUUAAAAGAUCAAAUGAAAUUCGCUGAUUUACUCAAGCUGCUCCUCUCAAGAGUUGGUAAAGCUGAAGAUGUCUCGAUCGAUCUGGGGCUCGAGCGCUUUAUUCUCCAACGAACUCAAAAAUAA